UGUUUCUUAAGUUUAAAAUAAAAAUAUCUCUCAAUGAAAAGUGAUGUAAAAAUUUAAAAAUAAAAAUGUUGAUUACGAAUAUUAGUUUUUCUAAAACUGCACCUUGGAGCGCACGGCAACGAUCGAAUUUAACAGCAAUAACAACAGAAAUAUUUCCAACAUUAGCAGCGACAAGAUCAGCAAGAUCAGCAAGAGCGGCAGCUGAAACGUCAUUACUACAUACUACAUUCUGUUGUCCACAAUGUCACAAUUAUAAAGAUAAUAUGACCUUCCAAUUAAUUUACCAAUCUAUAAAGUGCAAAAUGUCAAAUUCAUUUUUACGUGACCAUGCGAAAAUGUUUAAUUGCUUAAGUAGAUCGGCGCUACUGCUCUCUAGUUUCCAUAUGUGCAUUUUACUAGUUUGCUGUGCUGUGAUGUCCGGUGCAGUGUCAGUGAACGCCGCUGCCAUAAAUCACAAACAGCAUCAUAACGGUGCACGUCUCUUUUCUUGGAAUAAUCUUUCCGAAAAUAAUGAGGCUUUUAAUUCUGAUUCCAACGACAACGGAUAUGUUUUGAAUGCUGAUCCCAAGUUCAGUGCGGAAUCGUCGAUUGCAGCAACGGACUCAAAACCAAAUACAGGUUGCCCAACUACGACGAGUUCGCAUUGUUUACGCUGCAAUAAUGAAGGCUGUAUAAAAUGCCCUAGCUACCUAGUAACAGAUACACGACAAUGUGUUGAGAAAUGCCCAUCAGGUUACAUUGAUCAGUGGUCAGCACAUACGGAAUUUAUGGGACGUGUUUGUGUCUCCACUGGGUACUCAGGUCCAUUGAUGGCUGCUCUAGCUGGCAUGCUUGGCGGUUUUUUGGUGUGUUUUUCACUAUUAGCUGUUGCUGUGAUGCUCGUGCGUAAAAGACGACGUCGUAAAACCAUAAAACAGAAAUUAAUAAAUGAACACACUAUGGAUCGUUCAGAUUUUCUGCGUCAAUUAAAUGAAAUGCGUCCUAAUGCUGAGUAUUUUUUGGCUAUGUUGAACGAUACACGCAGACAAAUACGUAAGCUUUAUUUGUCGGGUGAAAUAGCAGCUGCCAAUUCAUAUCGACCGAUUGUGCGUGAUCUUGCAAAAAUACUUAUAUUACUGAAUAGACCAAUUGAAUUGAUACCAGCGCCACCCGUCGACUGGAGUCGUUUGUAUGCAUGGUCGGAGCAGGCUCUAGAACGAUAUAAACCACAAGUAGGUCAAUUAAUUGACUUCUUUCAAACAUCACAGCAUGCGGGUACUAAUGAUGAAUUCGAUACGACAAAUUACAAUAAGAAAAAUACUGAUGGAAAUGGUGUUGGUAGUAGCAGCAUAUUUCGACAGAAUAUGCUGCAGUCUACCACAAAUCUAAAUACACCAGGGUCAACAGGAACUGCAACGCAUAAAAUGCAUCUUUUCGGUUCGUUGAUUAGUCUACAUGAAUUUGAAGAACCCCGACCAUCCGAUCCAUUUGGCAGUAGCUUUAAUACACUUAAAAGUGGUAAUUUAAUAUCGGAUCUAAAUGCAAGUUCAUUGUGGUUGGAAGAUGAAUUUUACAAAUUAGGCUUUCGACCGCAGGACGAAAUAACGACUGAGUUAUAGUUAAUUAAUACUUUUUAAAAGAAUCAAGUUAGCCUUAAAAAAGCGAAAGAAUUUAUGCAAAUAUUAUUAUUUGUAAAGAUUUGAAAAUGUAUAUACAUAACUGUAUUUUAUUGUAGAAUAUAUAAAUAAAUAUAUACCUAUACAUGUAACUCAAAGAAUAACAGACAACGUAUUUUUUGAUGUAAAUACAGUAUCUAUUGUGAUUUUUUAAACGAGAUAAUAUUGUUCUACAUAUUAAUGAUAUUAACGAUCAUUAAAUGACUAGAAAUAAUUCGAGUUGAAACUAUUUCUUAAGUAU